UUCGGUUUGAAGUGGGGUUUUGCAUUUUCUCCUAAAACACUGCGGUGGCCAAUCGCCGGCGACCGAAGAGCUCUCGGCUAUGGCUUACGCUGCUCCGGCGGGGCAGCGCAACGCUAGGGUUUGGGUGUAUCUGCUGCUCCUCACUCUUCAGUACGGCGCUCAGCCGCUCAUCUCCAAACGAUUCACUGGGAGAGAAGUUAUUGUGACAUCAUCCGUUCUAGUAUGUGAGUUAGCAAAGGUUAUUUGUGCCCUCAUUCUCUUAGCAGUAGAAGGUAGUUUGUGGAAGCUAUAUAGUCGGUGGACUUUUGUUGGUUCACUAACUGCAUCAGGCCUUCCAGCUGCCAUCUAUGCAUUGCAGAACAGCCUGUUGCAGAUGUCCUACAGGAAUCUGGACUCACUCACUUUUUCCAUCCUUAACCAGACAAAACUAUUUUUUACAGCGGUUUUCACAUAUCUUAUUUUGGGGCAAAAGCAAUCUGGGAAACAAGUUGGAGCUCUUUUCUUAUUAGUGAUUGCUGCAGUUCUCUUAAGUUUUGGAGAGGGUUCUGGUAAAGGCUCCAGUGGCAGUAACACUGAUCUGGUUCUAUUUUAUGGUAUCAUUCCUGUUUUAGUUGCUUCUGUGCUCUCUGGUUUGGCAUCUGCUUUAUGCCAAUGGGCUUCGCAGGUAAAGAAACACACCUCGUACAUAAUGACCGUAGAAAUGUCAAUUGUUGGAAGUUUGUGCUUGUUAGCAAGUACCUACAAGUCGCCAGAUGGAGAGGCCAUAAAGAAGUAUGGGUUUUUUCAUGGAUGGACAGGAUGGACUCUGAUUCCAGUUGUAUCCAAUGCGGUUGGUGGGAUCCUCGUUGGCCUUGUCACAGCACAUGCCGGAGGCGUUAGAAAGGGUUUCGUCAUCGUAUCUGCACUACUAGUAACAGCCUUGCUUCAGUUUGUCUUCGAUGGCAAGCCGCCAUCUUUGUACUGUGUUGCUGCAUUGCCUCUGGUUAUCAGCAGCAUUUCCAUUUACCAGAAAUAUCCUUAUGUAGCGAGGAAGAAGGAAGACUGAUUGAAAGGCGGAAAUAAAAAAAAAAACUGACAAAGAAGAUGUUCUUCUUGAUUCUGAAUUAUAGCAUAUUGGUAAGAUUUGUACUUGAUUGUAUAGCUUUCAUUGUAGCUCACACUGCGUCACAGAGGACCCUAUUCGAUGGAAAAUUGGCAGUUCUGUUUGUCUGUUGAUCCUUGUUGAAACUCUUCAUGCAAACUAAGUUUUAUCAUUACACAUGGAGAGAUGAUUGUGCAAUCGACUGUUGAUACUUAAAAACUUUUUUACUUUUUUA